ACUACCGACGCUAAGCUUUAUGUGUGGGGAUACAACAUGUACGGGCAGAUCGGACUGGGAGCCAACGAUCCAAUCUUCUACUUGCUACCUCAGCUAGUGUCUGCUCCAUCAGGAGAGAAGUGGUAUUCCGUUGCUUGCGGGGGGCUACAUACGAUUGCCUCCACGGUCUCGGGGAAGGUGUACACAUGGGGGAUAAACAUCGCAGGUCAGCUGGGUCUGAAUCAAGAGGCCAUGUUGAGCCGAUGCCAAGGACCAGUCGCCAUGGACUGUCUGACUGGAAGGAGGGUGAUCCACGUUGCAGCUGGACAGCAGUUCUCUGCUGCUCUAGACGUGGAGGGGAUAGUUUGGCUCUUUGGCGAUAAUCAGUUCGGUCAGCUGUGUCAGGGACAGAGGGCUAGCUCCCUAGGUGGAAUAUCCAUCCCCAACUUCGUCACAUCCUAUCAGCCAGUUCGAGCCCACCUGCCUUCCGACGUAUUCAUUGUUGACGUCAUCGCCGGCUUCUUCCAUGUCGCCGCGAUCUCUGCCGAUGGUGGUCUGUUUCUCUGGGGGAGGAACAACAGGGGACAGCUCGGACGUGGA